UGCGUGGCUCAGGGAGCGCGCAGCGCGGCGAUCACCAGUGCGCUGUGUCCCUCAGACACAGGGACAUGUACACUGAUCAUCAGGGCACUGAUGAUCAGUGUGCCCUGAUGAUCAGUGUGGCCCCAGAAGUAACACCUGUCAGUGCCCAUCAGUGCCACGUGCCAGUGCCCAUCAGUGCCACAUCAAUGCCACAUAUCAGGGCAUACCAGUGCACAUCAAUGCCACAUAUCAGUGCCCAUCUGAGCUGCCUUUCAAUGUCACCCAUCAGUGCCAGUCAGUGCCACCUAUCAAUGCCAAUCAGUGCCACCUAUCAGUGCUGCCAAUCAUGCCACCUAUCAGUGCCAGUCAGUGUCGCCUAUCAGUGCCGCCUAUCAGUGCCAGUCAGUGCCGCCUAACAGUGCCAGUCAGUGCCGCCUAACAUUGCCAGUCAGUGCCGCCUAUCAGUGCC